AUAGCGUCGAAAAGAGGUCUGCUGCAAAAACCCUCGAAGAAGAUAAAAAAAUCAAAUUUCGCGAUCUAGGGUUCUUGGCUGCAAGAAAUGGCUGACUCUCCUCGACGAAGGUAUUCACGAUCUCCCCCCUAUGAAGCACCAUCCAGGUCAAGAUCCAGGUCAAGGUCUAGAUCUAGGUCAAGAUCCUGGUCAAGGCCAAGAGGUAGGCCCGCAUCAAGAUCAAGAUCCAGAAGUCGUGGAAGGGAAGAGGUUGUAAAUCCCGGAAAUACCCUUUACGUAACCGGCCUUUCCACACGUGUCACACAAGAACAGCUAGAAGAACACUUUUCAAAAGAAGGGAAGGUGGCUAACUGUUUUCUUGUUGUGGAGCCUCGUUCGCGUAUUUCUCGUGGGUUUGCUUUUAUAACAAUGGAUACUCUUGAAGAUGCGAAUCGCUGCAUAAAGCAUCUUAACCAGUCUGUUCUUGAACAUCGCCAGAUAACUGUAGAGAGGUUAUGUUGGCAGCAAUCAAAAUUGAUGAGUUGAGUUGAUCAUCCAUGAAUCAAUCAAUCACAAUGCAACUUUUAAUCAGCUUGAUCAAAUGGCCAGCUUCCUAAAACAACAGCAUCAUUUCAACAACUAAACAUAGCAAAAGCUUAUUACAACAUGGGCAUACUUUCAACUAUCAACUAAUCAACGGUCAUUAUCAACUGCAAAUAUAUUCAACUAUCAACUAAUCGCGGUUAAUGGUAUCGUUUACCCGAACCUGAUAUAAUGGGGUCGCGAAGGAAACGUCCAAGGACACCUACACCUGGACAUUACUUGGGCCUGAAAAACACUAGGGACACUGGCUAUCGUGGUGACAGAGGAGGAGGAGGUGGAGGAGGGAGGUAUCGUGGCGGCUCUGGGCGGGAUGACUAUGGAUACCGGAGGUCCCCAAGGCGGUCACCACCACCGUAUAGAGGUGGUCGUGAUUACUCUCCAAGGAGGUCACCGCCACCAUACAGAGGUGGUGGUGGUGGUGGGCGGGAUUACUCUCCUAGGCGGUCACCUUACUAUGGUGGGAGAUCAAGGAGGGAGCGAACACGGUCUCCUCCUUAUUCCCCCCCUUACAGGAGUCCCGAAAGGCACUAUGCUCGUCGCUAGAUGCUUAGUUAACUUUUCAAUCCAAAUAUAUGUUGUGCU